AUGAAUUCUUCAAGGGUGGCUCUCAGACGGGUCGGUCGCUUGCCGUGGCCAACGCAGCAGCAGUCCGUCACAAUCCGACGCCAAUGGGUGCGUUUCAACAGUGAGAGCCCACAGGAACGGGCACGUCAGCAAGGUGGGAAUGCAUUCAAGCAAGCCGCUGUUUAUGCUGGUGUCUUUGGGCUUGCCGCCGCCGGAGCCUACUAUUAUCCCAAGAUCAAGGACGGGCUGUCAUCUCAGGAGGAAAGCACAGAACCCGCCAAAGCCCAGCCCAAGUUUGAGAAGUCUCGCAAACAGCCUGUAUCCAAGGAGGACAACCGAGACAUUAUCAGCUCUCAGCAUUUGCAGGUUAAGAACAGCUGGGAGCACCCUGGAGUAUACGCUUGGGGAUCAAACAGCGGCAAAGUCAUCGACCCCAACUCUGACGACAAGUACAUCAAGCUCCCUCGACGAAUCUCCUUUUUCAACGACCAGAUUCUGAGAGAUCUGAAGCUCACUCAAACCUUUGGUGCUGCUGUUGAUGAGAAGGGCGACUUAAUUCAAUGGGGCCUUGGGUUUUCGACUGCCGACCCCAAGCCAGUGACUACGUUGAAGGGCAAAGACCUUGCCAAGAUUGAGGUGUCAGCUGACCGCAUCAUUGCCCUUUCUCGAAGAGGUGAUGUGUAUUCUCUCCCAUCGUCCAGGGACGAUCAGGAAGGCGGCGUCAAAGAGGCUCAGCUAAAGAGCUCGUGGUCUUUGUGGAGCUCAAGUGGUAAGGAGGCGAUCAACUUUCGUAACCUGACUCCAAGCGGGUUGAGCUGGGGCGAGAAGGUUACCGACAUCAGCAGUGGUCUUGAGCACUGCCUUAUUUUAACGUCAAAAGGGCGUGUCUUCAGUGCCGCGUCGAGCGCCUUGGCGUACCCGUCCAAGGGCCAGAUGGGAAUUGCUGGCUUGACAUGGGAGACACGGCCUAAGGGGCCAUAUGAUCAGCCUCAGGAACUCUCAUCCCUUCAGGGCUUUGAAGCAACAGGCAUCGCCACAGGCGACUACCACUCAGUGAUUUUGGACAAGCUUGGCAGGGUCUUCUCUUUUGGCGACAACACGUUUGGCCAGCUCGGAUUCCAACUCGACUCGGGGCUGCCAUAUGCCACUACCCCAUCCAUGGUUUCUGUCGACAAACUGUAUGCGGCCUCAGGAAUGGUAGCAAAAGUGACAUCCAUCAGGGCAGGCGGAACAAACACGUUUUUCACAGUUGAUGCUGAUGCGCCAACUACGGCGAGCGAGUCUCGAAGCAUGGCUCCGGCUAAGCGGAUGCCACGAACGGUAUCUGACUUGUGGGUAUGCGGCCAAGGUGUUUCUGGCACAUUGGGAACAGGCAAGUGGACGCAUGUCUCUACGGGACCAACAAAGGUCAAGGCGCUGUCGUCACUUUUCGAGUUUGACGAGAAUACAAACAAAAACAUGCCGAUCAAGUUGAAGGCGCUCAGCAUUGGAAGCACGCACUGCGCCGCGGUGAUGGAUAAUGUGACGAAAACGAACACGUCAAACAGAGGGUCUGAAAACGAGACGAACUGGGGUGCAGAUGUCUUGUUCUGGGGCGGCAAUGAAUACUACCAGCUGGGGACUGGGAAGAGGACUAACAUGAACGUGCCUACUUAUAUCGGCCCGCUGGACGGUGGCGAAGGUGACGCGAGCAAGGGGAGAAAGGGGGAGGUGCACCGGCUCUGCUUGACUCCAAAGCAGACGGUUCGUAUUGGUGAGGGUGGAAAGGGUCGCAAGGUGACGCUUGAGCAAAAGGUGGAAUGCGGCCGGCUGGUUACUGGUGUGUACUCGGCUGUAUGA